UCACCCGAUCCUUCUCUUGUUCGAAUUGAUAGUUAAUUUUCGGAAAUGCUUGUCGUCCCGCUCGAAUAUGUCCCGCGGCCGUAGUUUCGUGGUGUUGGUGAUGAUGCUUGCGACCGGAAGCGGAAGUCUGGUUGUCCGGAAGUCGGAAUUGGGGACAGCCAAUACCGGAAGCGAGGUCCGGAGGAAUUUCACGGAGGGCGCGAGUUUUGAAACGGCGCGACGCAACACUAGUGGAAUGGAACCGGAGCGCAAUAAAACAAACCAAGAUGGCAUGGUGGCAUCGGCUCCUGGUGUUUGGCAAGACGAGGAAAACUUUGCGCCAGAAAAAAAAGGGGAAUCACAAUUAGGAAGCUGUUCGUUCGAAGAGCAAGUGUAUCAACAUGAUGAGGAAUGGGAUCCAGACGGCUGUACUCGUUGUCACUGCAACAGAGGAAUCGUAAUCUGCUCAGUAAAAAGUCACUGCAAUAGAGGAGACCAGGAGAGCCAAUAUGAUAAACAGGAAACUGAGGUUGACAGGAAAGCGCCGUCGGAAGAGGAAUUUUAUGAUUCUCAAAAAUUGGCAACAAUUACGGAUUCAUUUCAAGUGAGCUACAAGAGAAAACCCUCGGUCCAAGAUUCAAAUCCAAGUUACAAUGAUUACCUGGAAAGUGAAAGGCGAGACGAAAAAGGGCCCUCCUUCACAACUGCAGCGUCAUAUUUAGGAGAUUUAUCGCAAAACCAACGCAGUGACAAUAAAGGACCAUCGAAUUUUGCAUCUCAUAUCGACUUUACUCAAAAUCAACGAGAAAAUGAGAAAGGACCCCCUUCUCUAGAUUCCCUCCCUUAUCAAACUGAUUUUGUCCAAAUUCAGCAUAGCGAUGGGAAAAGGCCGCCUAUCAAAUUGGAGCCGGACACAAUGCCGUAUUAUGGGUCUUACACUGAGACUCGUCAGAGCGAGGAGAAAGGACCCUCUGAUAAUUAUGUGGCACCUGAUAUGCCUGCUUAUUACAAAGAGCUUGGGAAGUCGAGAGUUAGCAACGAGAAAGGACCUCCAGAUUUGGAUGUGGGUCAAAAUUUACUCCAAGUUGGACCUCAAGGACCCCCAGGACCACCGGGUAAUCUACUUGUAUUUUUACGAUUUUUUGUUUCUCUUUUCAAAAUUUGUUAUUGA